AUGACUUCAUUAUACCAGAAAUAUUACAUUUAUAACACAACCAAAGUAUCUUUGGAUGAGGAUGAAGGCCUAAAUAUGGUGAGCAAACCACCACUAGUAUGUCUAGAUGACUACGAAGACUACGCAACAACUCAGUUAGAUCAAGUCACACUAGGAUUUUUUAAGUGUGGAGCUGACGAAGAGAUUAGUCGCGAUGAAAACAGAAAAGCUUUUUCAAGGUUAAAGAUAUUGCCAAGAGUGUUAAGAGAUGUCUCAAAGCGAGACUUGUCAACAACAAUUCUUGGUAACCAUAUACAUUUCCCAGUGUGCAUCGCGGCAAGUGCACAUCACAAGCUUGCUUGUUCAGAUGGAGAAAUAUGCACAGCAAAAGCUGCAAAGGCGAUGGGCACUUGCAUGAUGCUCAGCACCUUCUCAAAUACAUCGCUAGAAAACGUAGCAGCUGCCGGACCUGGGGCGUUGAAAUGGUUCCAGUUGUAUAUCUGGCAUACUCGGGAGUUGUCUGCUGAUUUGAUAAAAAGAGCUGAAAUGGCUGGGUUUGAAGCAUUGGUGUUAACAGUUGAUGUUCCAGUGACGGGGAAGAGAAGAAUCGAUAUUUAUCAUGGAGGAUUUACACCUCCAUCACACAUACAAAUGGUGCAUCUACCAGAACGCUAUAGGGUAACAUCAAAUUACGGCGGUGCAGGUAAUAUGCUUGACUCGGCGUUGACAUGGGAUUGCAUCGCAUGGAUGCGAUCAAUCACAAAACUACCAAUAGUUCUGAAAGGAAUUCUAAGCCCAGAAGAUGCACUGCUUGCCGUGAAACACAAAAUAGAUGGUAUAAUUGUAUCAAACCAUGGAGGACGGCAAUUAGACACAGUGCCAGCAACGAUUGAAGUGUUACCGCAAAUAGUGAAAUCAGUGAAUGGACAACUAGAAGUAUAUUUAGACGGUGGUGUGCGAACUGGUACUGACGUCAUAAAGGCAUUAGCAUUGGGAGCUAGGGCUGUGUUCGUUGGAAGACCAAUCAUAUACGGAUUGGUAUACGCGGCUGAGGUAGGAGCUACCCAGGUUCUUCAAAUUUUAAAGAACGAGUUGAGUUUAGCAAUGGCAUUAUCAGGAUGUGCAACGAUCAGUGACAUCGAAUCAUCCCUUGUAGUUCACCGGUCAGAGUUAUCAAAACUGUAG